ACACUUUUCUUGCACAAAAAAAAAACAACCUAAAUCUACAUCACACAUACAUACAAACAUAGUACAAUAAAUCAAUAACAAAUCAGAUCCAAAAAAAAAAAAAGAUGUUAAAUGCAAAAGUUGAUCAGAUUUCUCAGAAGAGUAGUAGUAAUAGUGUUCUUCAGAUUAAGCAAGAUGAUAAAUUCUUCUGCAGGCUUCUGUCAAAGGAAACUUCAAUGGCAAACCCAUCUUUCAGAUUCUCUUCUUCUUCUGUUAAUGUCCCAUUUGUUUGGGAAUCUCAACCUGGCACACCAAAGUACAAAUUAUUCUCUCAAGAAACUCUUCCUCCUUUAACUCCACCACCCUCUUAUCACAACAACAACAACAAUAAUGUUAAUAAUAAUGCAUUGAAGAGGGUCAAGAAGAAUAAUUCAAGAUCAAGUAGCAACAUUUUCAUGGCAUUGUUUACAAAGAUGAGUCUCAAGAAGAUUAUUACGCCUUCGCCUUCGCCUUCACCGUCAUGUUCUUUGUCUUCGAGGUGGACAACCUCGGAUUCGUCCAAGGUUGUCCCCGUGGCGAAGAUCGGAAAGAGGAGAUUCUUGAGUUAUGGUUCUUCGUCUUUCGACUUUAGAGGAGCGAAUGAUGAAGAAGAUGGUGGCGGUUCGUCAUCGCCACCACCUUCUUCGUCAGCAUUGUGCUUUGCAAUUUCACGUGCCAUGAGCUCUAACAGUGGUUUCCAAAGUUCUUACAAGAGAAAAGCACAAUAGAAGGUAAUUAAAGACUGCGUUUUGUUUUGAAGUAUGUAUAAUUAAUUAAUUAAUUAAUGUUAAAAAUAUAAAUAUAUAUCGUUGGAUAUAUAUUUAUUUAUUAAAAAAUAGACAUGUACAAAAACAAGUAAAUAUUUUUGUCUGAA